CAGGUGAUGAAUGGCCAAGUGGUAAUUAUGGUCUCCUUAGAUCUAAAUCAGGAUGUCCAGGUGGUCAGAAGAAUGGGUGGCGUGAGGGAUGGAGGUAUCAGGAUAUGCAAGACUCUAAGACCAGCAGUGAAUGGUCAAGAGUAUCUAAUGGGUCACAUAUGCUGGGUGUCAUAACAAUAAAUCAAUAUAAUAAUAGAGAUGUAAAUAGGACAUUCUGCAUGAAACAAAAUACUGCAAUACAAGCAAGGUUUUGGCCUAAAGGUAAGGUUUUUCUCUGUAUGCAAAAUUAUUUAUGUUGUAUACGUUUAUUUGAAUGAUUUUCCCUUGAAAAUGUAUUUUUGUUUUGACAGGUUCGUAUUGUAUUUACAAGAAUGGAACGUGUCCGAAAGAUAUGAGAUCAGGCUGGGUGUACUGGGAUGAUGAAGAUUAUGAUAACAGAAAUAGUUACGGAGGAUUUCUACCAGAUGGUUCAUAUGAUAAAAAUACCAAGAUAUACUAUUGUUGUCAAACUGAUGGUAACUGGUAUGAUUUAAUUGAACUGCCAGUCAGUCAACCAUUUUAUUUACUAACAUCUAACUCUACUGACACUCCCAAAUGUCAGAUAGUGAAGUGGGCAAUUAGUUACUUGGAGUAUAUUGUGUUUGAUACAGAAGAUAGCAACAAUACAGAUGACCAGGGAGGGGAACAUUUAUUUCUGGAUGGAAGAAAGCUAUUCUAUUGUUACUAUGAAGGUACGUCAUAACUCAGUUCGAUCGUCAAUUGAACAUUCAAACAACGCUUUCCACAAUUCGAAAAAAUAUUGCAUUUGAAUCUUAUAACAUGUACGGUAACUAAGAAAAAAAGGUUUGAAAAUGUACAUUUCAAAGUGUUCAAUUGUUUAAUAAUCUUUUAAUUUAUAACAUAUGCUAACAAUUUAAACACAGUCUGAAUUGAUUGUGCAUGUAUUUUUGGGUAUAGCUCAUAUUUAAGCCUGAUAAUUGUUUAUAGUAUCAACAGGCCCAGGUUAAAAUUCUUUGGCUCUGAGAUUAUGAAAUUAUGAAAUAAAUUUGAGUCAGAACAAUGAAUGAUGACGUAGAGAACAGUGGGAUUUUCAAAAUAAUGAAACAACAAUGCACGUAUUGAAUAUUCCAAUUACUCACUGGAUCAUACUUUACUGGACGGUACUAAUAUUAUGAUAAAUGCUAUAUGCAAGCACAUUGCAUAAAUUUUAGCUUUGAUUUUUAAGGUCCUUUGAUUUUCUUUAAUUCUAUUCCAGACUGCCGCCGUACAAUGACUGGUCUUAGUGGUUCAUUUAGAUCACAUAAGAUUGCAGUUAGUGAGAUGGAUCCACGCUCACAAUAUUGUUCCUGGUUAAUUACGCUUGCUGAAACAUACAUCGUUGCAUUGAGCUUUAAAGAGCUGACCAUACCAAGUUGUAAAGAUACAUUUCUAAGAAUAUAUGAUGGUUCAAAUAAUGCAGCUCCAUUGCUUGGCACAUAUUGUGGUUCAAAUGCAAGAGCAGAAAUCGUGGUUUUAUCAUCCACAAAUAGUUUAUACAUUGUGUCAAAUUCUGGAAGUUAUGAAAGAAGUCCUAAAAAUACUUUUACUUUUCAUGCACAAUAUAAUGCUACGAAUUCGACAGGUUGGUAUACUUGUAUUUGUAAUAAGUUAAUAAUGAUAUUUGCUGUUUUGGUGUAAUGUACUCAGGUGAAUAAGAUACUUGUAAUGUUACUCUGAGUCAGUGGCGUAAUGGGGGAAGAGGGCGCCCUUAGGCAUAGUUGGUGUGGGGCCCCCUGUUGACUGUUGUCAUUGCUUAACUGAGAUAUAUUUAUAUUGGAUAUUUAUGGAAUGUUCCGGAAAAUUCCGUGUCUGGCGCAACAACAACAACAAAUCAAUAACAGUCUCCAACACACGUAACAACUAAUAAGAAUAAUGUUUGUUUUAUUUGAGAUGGAAUAAAAAAAUCAGCCACGGUUGUCGAUGGAGGC